CAUCCACUCGGAUCUUAGUCUCAGUGUACUUUUGUGCUGGGUUUGUCAUUAGUACUGUCUAUGUACUUCAAAUAUACAAAUCACGUUUCAGUUGUAAACGCGACUUAAAACGCUAAGGUUGUUUUCACACGGAAUUACAAAACAAAACCCCAGAAUAGUGAAUUGUGGUUAUUUUCCUAAUAGCAACUAUAAAUUUAAAGAAGUAGCUUAUCGUACAAGUAUUGAACAUACGUUAGAAAGUAUAUUUUUCUCAAAAAAAGACAAAAAUGAGUGCCGAUUUGGAAACAAAAGUGAACCAACUGGAGAAAUGGUGGAAAACUCAAACUCAGCUUCCUGAGAAAAUAGAAAGAGGUCUUCUUAAACGUUUCUUAGUGGCCAUGUCGGCCGAUGUUGAGAGUACCCAAAAUUUAAUUUUAUACAACUACAAAUUGCGCAAUAAAUAUGAUCAUAUUUUUCUGAAAAGAGAUCCAAUGGACGAAGCAACACAAGAAAUUCUUAAAGUAGCGGAUUAUCUUUCAUUGCCUGGUAGAACAGCCGAAAAUUACAGUGUGACAUUGUUUCGUUUACAAGAAUUCGAACCGGAAAAGUUCAAAUUUACGGAAGCCGUUAAGGUAUUGUUUAUGAUAAUCGAUUGCCGCUUUGUGGGUACAGAAGAAAUCGAUAAUGGGGAUGUCAUUAUAUUCGAUAUGGCCGGCUAUACUCUGAAACAUUUGGCUCAAACAUCGAUCAGCUCGCUACGAACUGUAACGAAAUACACCCAAGAGGCUCAUUCGGGUCGUGUUCGGCAAAUACAUGUGAUAAAUGCAGCACCAUAUUUGGAUAAGGUUUUAGCAGUGGUAAGGCCAUUUUUGAAAGGAGAACUUAUGAAAAUGAUACACACCCAUUUACCCGGCUCUGAUACACCUUACGAGUUCGUCCCACGUGAAUUACUACCAGAAGAGUAUGGGGGCAAUGCUGGAAAGAUGUCCGACAUUAGACAACAUUGGAUAAACAAAUUAAAAGAAAACCGAGAUUUCCUCAUGGAUGAAUCACGUUGGAAAAUGAAAAAGCCACAAUCGGGCAAUGUUGACAAUCUUUCUUCUUUGGAAAUUGAUUAAAGCAUCCAAUGUUAUAACCAAUUUUAUUACAAACAAGAUGCAAUUUCAAUGGUGAUAUUUGGUGCAAUAUUAGUUUAAUAUCAAUAGGUGUUCUUAUUUCAUAGUCAUUUUAAGUGUUUUUAUAUUAAAAUUUUAAAACUAAGUAUUUGUAAGUACUUUUAAGGGUGCCGUACAGUCUUAAAUGGAAAUAAAAAUUAAUAUUUCAAAAUUGUUACAUUUGUAAGCAAAAAAUUUAAAAGGAAAAUAAAUUAACCCAUUGGUAUGUA